UUUUUCCAGUUGAGAAUGAAAAGACAGGGAGGCACGAUUUAUAACUACUUUAAGAGAAACAGAUCAGGCUUAGAGCAGAUCAGCAGCCCCGGCAGCCCUCAUCCUGGGACUAGUCAGGAAAGUCCGGCAGAAUCCAGCCUGUCAUCAUCGCCAGGUGUGAGAGUGGACCGAGAUGAUGACAGGUCCCAAGCUGGAACCAUUACCGAGGAGUGUCAGGCACAACACAGCCCACCAUCAUCAGUUCCUUCUGAGGAAGGCUCUGAGGCUUCUGAACAGGACGACGACCCAGACCCAGAGCAACCUGAGCCUGAAGAUGUUUCCAGCACUGCCUUUGCACCUUCAAAAGGGCCCAGUGAUAUUUCAACAUCGAGAGAAGAGGUACCAGUUCAGCCACAUUUGAGUAAAUACCCCAAGACUCUCCAUGGCACCAGCAAGAGGGCCUUCAAUAGCAAGUGGUACACGAACAAUUCAUGGCUUGAGUAUUCAGUGUCAAAAAACUCUUGCUACUGCUUUGCUUGCAGGCAUUUUUCGUUGCCCAAUGCGCCUGACUUUGCCUUCACAUCUGAUGUAGGCUUUUCAAAUUGGAAAAAGGCACUGUCAAAAGAGGCAGGAUUUAAACUCCAUUCUAGAUCUUAGCUUCAUAUUAACGCAAUGUAUGCAUGGUCUGAGUUCAAAAAGAGGAAAGAAGUAGAUCAGACUUUGUUAAAUGCGCUAAAUGAAAAGCACAAAAAAAAGGUGCAAGAAAACAGGCAGUACAUCAAAACAAUUGCAGAAGUACUCCUUUUGACUGCCACCCAAAACAUACCCCAAAGGGGUCAUGAAGAGUCUCAAGAAUCAAAAAACAAGGGUAACUUCUUGACAAUACUUGACACAAUCGCGAAACAUGACAGCUUCAUACAGCAAA